GAAAGAUGCGACGAAGCAAGAAAGGAUGGGAGGCAGUCAAAAGAGACGAGCCAAGCAAUGCCUCCUGAUGAGGGAAAUGUCAACUCUAAUGGAGCAAGACUCCAAAAACCAGAACCUGCAAAUUGCACUGUUCCACCUCCACUCACCAGCUACGAGUACCCAUGUUUGCCCAUAACCAAAUACAGACAAAAGCUGGUUUCCCUCAUAGAAAACAACUCUGUUUUGAUUGUUCGAGGAGCCACAGGCAGUGGCAAGACCACCCAGCUGCCACAGUACAUUCUGGACCAUUACAAUGAGAAAAAUGCCUCGUGCAACAUUGUGGUCACCCAACCACGCAAAAUUGGAGCCACAAGUAUUGCUCGAUGGGUUGCCAUUGAGCGGAAGUGUACUCUGGGUAGUCUGGUAGGAUAUCAGGUUGGGCUGGAGAAGUUGGCCACUGAGCAUACCAGAUUAAUCUACAUGACUACAGGAGUUCUGCUGCAGAAACUGGUUUCAGCCAAGUGUCUCACAGAGUUCUCCCACAUUUUCAUAGAUGAGGUUCACGAUCGAACUGAAGAAAUGGACUUUCUGUUGCUGGUUUUGCGAAAACUACUUCAUUCCAACUCUUGUUACGUUAAGAUAAUCCUAAUGUCAGCCAACAUUAACUGCAAAGAGUUUGCUGAGUACUUUGCCACCCCCAUCCAUGGCAAAAUGAACCCUGUCUAUGUGUUUGAAGUGGAAGGGGCACCCCAUGCCAUUGAGGAAUUCUACCUGGAUGAUCUCUACAACCUGGUUCCUUACAGGGUUGAGUUACCUAAUCCUGAGAACCCGAGCAUCUCACCUGAAAUGUACAAUCUUGCCAUCACCCUCAUCCAGAGCUUUGAUGAGCUGGAGAGCAAGGAUUCGAGCAACACUGAGAGUGAGGGUAGGAAGACGGAAAGGGGCAGUGUCUUGGUUUUCCUUCCUGGGAUACAUGAGAUAAGCUAUAUGCAGGACGCCUUGACCAAGCUGCUUUACAAAAGAUUGCAGGUUUAUCCUCUGCACUCUACAAUUACUGUGGAGGAGCAAAACGCCGUGUUCAUGUCUCCCGUCCCUGGAUACAGGAAGGUGAUCCUUUCCACCAACAUCGCAGAGAGUUCGGUGACUCUUUCAGAUGUAAAAUACGUGAUUGACUUCUGCCUGGUUCGUCACUUGGUCUGUGACCCAGAUACCAAUUAUCGGUCUCUGUGUCUGAUGUGGACAUCCAAAACCAGCUGCAAUCAGCGCAGAGGUAGGGCAGGUCGAGUAUCAAAGGGCUAUUGUUACCGUCUUGUGACCAAAGAUUUCUGGAGGAAUGAUAUCCAAGAGUACAUGGUCCCUGAGAUGCUGCGUUCUCCCCUGGGUACCAUCAUUUUGAAGGUGAAAUUGCUGGACAUGGGGGAUCCCCGCUCCCUCCUCUCCACAGCACUUUCCCCUCCCAACCUUGAUGAUAUUGUUAAGACUGUGCUGCAACUCAAAGAGAUGGGUGCGCUGUCUGUGAGAAUUGAUACCAGAGGUCAGAAUGAGGAUGGUGAGCUAACACUCCUGGGCAAAGUGAUGGCCCACUUGCCUGUGGACCUGUGCCUUGGGAAGAUGAUUGUCCUGGGCCAAGUCUUUGGCUGCCUGGAUGAAUGUCUCAUCAUAGCUGCUUCGCAAUCUUUGAAGAGCUUCUUUGCUUUUCCAUUCAUGCAGCAGCUGGCAGGCCACAGGAGCAAGCUGGGUUUUGCUCGUGGCACACCGAGCGAUUCCAUCGCUUUUGCCAAUGCCUUCAAGGUAUGGUACUCUUCCAAAAAAGAUGGCCAUUUUAGGCAACCAAAGGAUGAGCUACACUGGGGAAAAGAGAACUUCAUUCAGAUCAGAAGGAUCAGGGAGGUUGCUCAGCUUUAUGAGGACCUAAAGAAGCGUGUGUCGCAGUUCAACAUGCAUGUUGCAGAGGACAGCCAAUCAUCAGACCACUCUACAACACACAAGCAGAAGUUCAUCCUUCAGCUGGUCAUUGCUGGUGCCUGCUACCCCAACUACUUUGUCCAAGGGGAGAUGGAUGAAGACAUGGCAUCCAGGGAACUGUGUGGCUUCGACCCAAGAACAACUGUGAUGGUGAGGAACAUCCCUUCAUACUCUUUCCUCUACUACAAGCAGCUGCAGUCUCUCUUCCGUCUUUGUGGACAAGUCAAAGCCAUUAAAUUUGAGAACUCCAGAGCCUAUGUGGAGUUCUACAAGACAUCUCGGGACUCAGGGGUUCAGCCUGAAGUGUCUCUCGCCCUUCUUUUGACCCAUCAGUCCCCUCAGAUGGCACUUUCAGUCUAUCCCAGUGACCAAAUAGAAUCCUGUGCCAAGGACAGUCUCGUAACUCACUUGAGAUUUGCUCGGCUGAAUGCCGACAUCCAGAGCCAGUCUGUAUACCCAACGGGAUUUCUAACCGUCAUUGACCCAGAAAAGCUACCCCCGCAUCGCAUGUUUGUUGUGAACAUCACAGAGGUGUUGGAGGUUGGUCAUUUCUGGGGGUUCAUAGCUGACGAAGCCAGCUUGGAGAAGCAACGCCAUCUGACAGCAGCGAUAAACAUGUGUACAUGUCUUCCUGUAACUGUGUCGCUGUACCCGAACCUGUGUGUGCUGGCGCCAUAUUCCGAGACUCCAGAGCAGCCCAUGUAUUACAGAGCCAAGAUCCUGCACAUACGCGGCCAUACAGUGGAGGUGUUCUUUUUGGACUUUGGCAACACAUCAGUUGUUCCUUGCAGCAGCCUGAGAGAACUCCCAUCCAACUUGCUGUCUGGAGCUUUCCAGGCGCAAGAGUUCCAAAUUGCUGGGAUGCGUCCUUCAGCCCAGUCCAUCAUUUUUGGGAACCAGUGGAGCAGCCAAGCCCGCAACAGUUUCAUCACACUGGUCAAGGAUCAGUCGCUCAUCGCGUCUCUGUACUCUGUUGUACAUGGGAUCAUGCGUGUGCAGCUGCUCAUCAACACCGAGUCAUCAAACAUCAGCGUGGUGGACAAGUUAGUGGAGGAGGGACAUGCUGUGCCAGCAGAGGAGUGCUUUGAGUCUAAGCAAAACCAUGAUGACCUGAUGUCUAUGUAUGAGGAAAAGGAAAAAGGAACGUAUGUUCCCACUUCUUAUAGCAACGCUUGGAGAGAGCGCAACAAAGAGGACAAGGAGCUCAUUCACAGUCUCAUUUCACACUUUUCCAAGAGCUCUCAGUCUUCUUUGAAAACAAAGGUUCGCCUGCGUGGACCAGUGACUCCUUAUAAGAUAAACUUCCACAGAUUAGGCAGGGACAUCUGCCGCAAGGCUGUAGUUAUCGAGAAGUCCAGCAUAAACUCCUUGGCCCUCAAUGAAAACCCUCAUUGGAAACAUUUGAGGAUGCUGGUGGCUGGGACCCUGUCAGUCAACUCUGAAGGUACAAGCGUCCUGCUGAAAGAUACUUCCAUCAUGCCUGACAUCCCUGGACUGCCAGCAAUUGCGACUAUGCUCUUCACCCCCAUCAUGGAGUUACGCACCGAUGAAGAGACAACUUGCUAUACUGGUGCCAUCUGUGGACUAGGCUUCAACAGUCAGACCCAGGAGGCCAUCCCAUCUUUGCAUGACAUCGAGCUGGAAUUUGAUGUCAAGUUCAAUGUCGAGGACAUCACCGAGAUUAAUGCUUUGCGAAUGGCCAUAAACCGGCUCCUGUGUGACGGGCGCACUACCAUCCUGCAUCUUGGGGCAGACAGGAUUAGUAAACUUCAGGAAGACUGUCGGGAACGCCUCAUAAGACUGUUCACAAAGUCUCCUCCAAGGGAACCCAUCAUUCCUCUGUACCACAAGAACUACGGAAAAUGGAACCAGGUCGAUCCUUCUUUAAAAAUGGACAUCUCACAGCCAGGAGAUGGAAAGGCCAGAGGUGUCGUCUUCCAGCUACAUCCCAUCAUUCUACUCAACAGCUAAAACGUAGUGUUUGAGUAGUGGAGAAACACAAGUUAUGGAGAAGUUAAUUUGAAUUUAUUAUUAAAAGUCUAUUUUUAAGUUCAAAUGGGACUGUAGUUUUCAGCAGCACAGUAAAAUACUGUUUUUGGAUUUCCUGUUUACAAAAUUAUUAAAAGUAGUUGUAUGCAACAGAUGAGAC